CUAAUGAUAAACCAAGUCCAUUCUGAUAUAGAAGCUGGGUUGUGGUUCUAUAUAACGUAUUUAUGUAGACCCAAAGAAGCUGAUGGUAAAUAGUGUGCAUGGCACAAUGGAGCAGACUCUUUACAACAUCGUGGGAACGAAGCAUUGGUCGACUGAACCAAGAGUAACUAACAAACAAAUCUUGCAUAUAGAAACAUAAGUCCAAUAAACAUGUAUCGCGUUAGGUACAGGCAAAUGUGUGUAACGUAGUCAUCGAUAAGGGCAGUCACCUCCGGUAUACGAGCGCGGGCAUGAGUCGAAAAUGCUACACGACGUGCUCAUGGCCCUCGCAGGCCUGCCUGGCGAUGUAAUAACGGAAUAUAACGGUAAUGUGCAAGGAUUUAAAGUAUCGGAGGAAUGUGACCGUGUAUCGCAGUCGGAACGUGAAGUGCUCAACUCAGUAUGCGCUAUAGGAUACAAAUAUAGAUACGUAGAGCGAUUUGUACGUGCAGUAAGGCAAUCAGAAGACGACUACAUAGUGUCUAGCUUGAUUGGAUUUGAUGGAAUACCGAAAAACCGUGAAACAGUCACCUCCGCUAGGCAUGAUCUAACAGGUCCUAGUGGCGAUGAAGCUACUACUGUAUACAGAGGGCACUAUCUAGGUGCCAUGUGCAACGGCAUUGAGGAAUACCUCUGUUCAUACAAGGCGAAUCUAACCCACAUCGAGAAGGUUAUACUGGCUGACCCAGCAUUGCCUUUCAGCACCCUGUCGCUACUCAUGGCAGAGCAGAAGCAGGUCAUAGAAGGCCUGGUAUAUAUAAUAGAGUGCUACAAAGAUGUAUGCAGGCGGAACAGGUCAGACCUUAAGCACGUGGCAGUGCGAGUAGAUGAGAUCCUAUACAUGCUACAGAGGGAUAACGGCAACCAAACAGUAAAUCAGAUAAAGCGGAAGCUUUAUGAGAAGUGUUUGCGUCUAUUCAAGAUCCAUCUGCGAAACUGGUUGUGCCGUGGACAAAUAUUGGACAUGUAUCAGGAAUUCAUUGUGUGCCGGAGGAAAACCGACCCCGAUAUGCCACAAUUAGGGAAGGGAGUGGACGCCAGCUCGAUAUGCGCGUUCGAAAUAUUAGACAACGGUAUAAACCCGGAAACAGCAGAGUUUGAGUGGAACUUUUCAUUUUACAUAAUCACUAAGGAGAGACGAUGGAUGCUAUACAGCACGAACCUUUGGAAGAAAAUACUGUUCCUGGGUAAAGCCGUGAGGAUGCUGAUACGGCAAUAUAAUAACGAGAGUGUGAUCACGAAGGCCGCUGAGUGUAUAUUCGAUAGUUUCCCCGAAGUGUGUUCCUCCUUGUCGACGUUCGAAGCGGCAAUAGAGCAGUUUAGGCAAUGGGUUGAACAGGCGUUCUGGGCAUACAUCAACGAAAGUGUGGACAUAAAGGCACAAAUCGCUAUUUUCAGGAAAGUGUACCUCUUAGGGUGCCACGAGGUAUACACUGAGUUGCUGGAGCGCAGCUGGUUCACUAUGCAAACGCCGUGCAACACAGCUUCGUGCACUAACCUAAGGCUUAAUCUCUGGAACUCCAUACUGCACAAGCUAAGUGACGUCACAGUUGAGCAGGCCCCGAAAACGGGUGCCAACAUCACCUCACAAACAAUGUCCAUGAACACAGGCACCACUGUAGAUACUGACUAUAACAUGACCCCAAUGGAUACUGACUACGUCCACCAAAAUACGGCCUAUAUAUCUAACAAUUCAGGCAUCUGGUCAAAUACGGGCUCUAUAACUAACCCGGAGAUACAGCGUGUAAUGGGCAACUUUAAACCACAGGGCGACGCCAGUGAAUCGAGACCUGUGUUCAACCUUAGACCCCGGAGCUACUACUUCAAUAUGCUUAAGAACAGGUUUAUACUCUCCGGGGAUGUAUCAUGGAUAUACAAUGAAAUAGCACUUAAUGUAAGUAAAAAACGACUAGUGGAGCCCAUAUCAAGCGCAUCGGGUACAUCAUCGGUAUGGUUCGAGGAAAUGGUACACGUAGUACAUGGCUUCGAAACCGGUGUUAAGUUCGAACUUAUGCAGAUCGAGCCGUGUCAUGUAAAUAAGGUAGACGCAGGCCCAACUUUACCCAGGUACUGUAGAAUAGCACUGGUACUGCAGUCGAUGAUGGAGCCAGUACGACUUAAGCUGGCAUCCAUGGUACAAGGUACAGUUGAACUUUUAAAGGACUGCCUUUCAGCCGAGUUUGUUAUUGAUUAUGACAACGCAGUACCGGGAAUAUCAGCUGUUGGGUACCUUAUGCUAGGCGGUCGGUGUAUAUCGGCCUUCUCCAGAGUUAAGAGCGUCUCAACAUUGAGUGGCCCUAUGCUAUGCAUCAAUCAAAGCAGUACGAAAUUCCAAAUCACUGAUGGUAGCCGGAAGGAUUUCUUUUUCGUUGUUAAAAUGAAGGUCACCAAGAAGAAGAUAGUAGUGGAGCUGCAGCAUACAAACACGGGAGAGAGCCUAGUAAUGGAAACCGAAGUGCUAGACACCACGCAGCUGCUGCCACACGAUUUCGGUGAUGCAUACCUGGGAAUCAUAUCGUCACCGUCAAGCAUGACGAACCCAAGGGCGGAAUCUAACAUUAACAAGCGCAACUGCGCGCUGAGAAUAUCGCAAUGGGAUUUUGGAGCCACAAUGGCAAAAUAUGAUAUCAUCCCCAACGGACAGGAAGAAGAUAUACCAUUGUGUGAGUCCUUUAGAAAGGAACUGCCAAACUUACAUUCAAUGGAAUUUGAAUGUGGCUUGAAUGAUUGGAUUCAUUUAACUAUGGCAACCAAGUCGUCGUGGCCAGUGUCCAUAAUGCUAGAGAUGAAUACCAUGAUGGCGUACAAUAGCCUGUUCCAGUUUAUAUUCCUACUCAGGCGCUGUGUAUAUGGACUUGAGAAUACAACGCACCUCAAUGGGUUAAUGAGGCGCUUUGGAUCAGAAGAUAGAAAGUCAUCGAUACCAGUGAUAUGCAAGCGAGCGGCGUGCGCAAGAUGGCGUAUGUAUAUAUUCAUGGCCUCGGUCCUGUCGUACCUCCAGCAAUGUGUAAUCGAAUGGAAUUACAACCAACUGGAGGAUAAUAUCAGGGAUUGCUACAACUAUACCGAGAUUAAAGCGGAGCAUGACAGCUAUAUCGAACGAGUGGCAACCAACUGCUUCCUGGAUGAAGAUAACGUAUUGCAACCACUGAUCAGAUGCGCCGAUAUAGCAAUGAAAUUCGCUACACUCUAUUACUGCGCAUUCAACGGAGCUAGUGAAGUGAAUUACGAAGGAGUCGUCAGGAGAAUAGAGGAGUAUAUCAAAGGAUUUGAAAAAAACAUGGCAAUAGUCAACCAACGGCUACUGCUGCUGAGCAACAACACCAAGUACCCAUCGCUGAACACCUUUAUCGAACUACACGUAUUCUCACAAGAAAUGAAACCGUAACCAUAGUGUAAGAUAUGUACCUAUCUUUACCACAAAUCAGUUAUUAGAAUGGAUAAGUACGCU